CAGUGGGCACUCAUGCGCAGCGGAGGGUCCGGCGUCCGCCUUGGCGGGUGGGCGUGAUGACCCGCACUCCCCAAGCCACUGCGGGAUAGAGCGGGGCCGGGGGCUCUCAGGGGUGGCCGCGACCGGGGCGGCCCGGGACACGGCUGCGGAUUCCGGCCAACAGGCCCGGAGUCGCGGCCUCGGCUCCGCCGUGGGUGCACGGGCUAGGGCUGCGGGGACUCCUGUGGGCUCCGCGUCUGCGGCUGGCAGGAAUGGGGAUCGUCCCCAGAUCCCGCCUUCUGGGCAGGGCCUCCGCUGCCUGCGAUCCUGCCCACAGUCCAAGGAUCCUCCUCGCCUCUCGCGGACUGCGGUGUCAGCCGCCCGAGCCGUUCUCCGGACACCUGGCCAGGUGACAGCCUCCCACCUCCGCCUGGGGCGGGGGUGGUCUGCGAGUCCUCCUCACCCCCGGCAGACGUUCCCGAGCUCAGGAGGAAAAAAAAGACGAGGAAUGGGCUGCUUAUGAGUCUGUCGGUGUUGAUUUAGUAGUUGUGGAAUGUGAGCCCUGGGGAAAUAAGUGGAAGAGGCAUGGACCGUGUGGCUCCACUGGAGCGUUCGCGAAUGCCUCCUGGAGGAGGAGACCAACCAGAAAGAAGAGGCAGCGUCCAGCAACUGGACAAAGGCCAGAGGGCCUUUCUGGCAAGAGGACUGGGAGAUGGCUGGAGCUGUGUGGAUGGGCGCAAAUGGCUGAUGUCCAGCAACCGUCGACGUCAAGUAUCCACGCACCUGGCCUGAGUGGAUCCCUCUGCUUUUCAGAGUUUGGGAUAUGAGAUUGAAAAUGACAACUCGGAAUUUUCCUGAGAGAGAAGUACCCUGUGAUGUAGAAAUGGAAAGAUUCAGAAGGGAAGUUCCCUGCUUGUCCAGUUUAGGUGAUGGUUGGGACUGUGAGAACCAGGAGGGACACUUGAGGCAAUCAGCUUUAACUCUGGAGAAACCAGGGACUCAGGAAGCAAUUUGUGAAUAUCCUGGUUUUGGGGAGCAGUUGAUUGCAAGCUCAGACCUUCCACCAUCUCAGAGAGUUCUGGCAACAAAUGGUUUCCAUGCACCUGACUCAAAUGUUAGUGGUCUGGAUUGUGACCCCGCCUUACCCAGCUAUCCUAAAAGUUAUGCGGGUAAGAGAACUGGUGACAGCGAUGCCUGUGGAAAAGCCUUCAACCAUUCCAUGGAAGUUAUUCAUGGAAGAAAUCCAGUGAGAGAGAAGCCCUACAAAUACCCUGAAAGUGUUAAGUCUUUUAAUCAUUUUACCUCUCUUGGUCAUCAAAAAAUAAUGAAAAGAGGCAAGAAACUGUAUGAAGGUAAGAAUUUUGAGGACAUCUUUACCCUGAGCUCAUCACUUAAUGAAAACCAGAGAAAUCUCCCUGGCGAGAAACAAUAUAGAUGUACUGAAUGUGGCAAAUGCUUCAAACGGAACUCUUCUCUUGUUUUGCAUCACCGAACUCACACCGGAGAGAAGCCUUAUACUUGUAAUGAGUGUGGAAAGUCCUUCUCCAAGAACUACAACCUGAUUGUGCAUCAAAGGAUCCACACAGGAGAGAAGCCCUACGAAUGCAGUAAAUGUGGGAAAGCUUUCAGUGAUGGGUCAGCUCUGACGCAGCACCAGAGAAUUCACACAGGCGAGAAACCUUAUGAAUGCCUGGAGUGUGGAAAAACCUUCAACCGAAAUUCAUCCUUAAUUUUGCACCAAAGAACUCAUACAGGGGAAAAACCAUAUAGAUGUAACGAGUGCGGGAAACCCUUCACUGACAUCUCCCACCUUACAGUGCAUCUCAGAAUCCACACCGGUGAGAAGCCCUAUGAGUGUAGCAAAUGUGGAAAGGCUUUCCGGGAUGGCUCAUACCUCACCCAGCAUGAGAGGACUCACACUGGAGAAAAGCCCUUUGAGUGUGCAGAGUGUGGGAAAUCCUUCAACAGAAACUCUCACCUCAUUGUGCAUCAAAAGAUCCAUUCUGGGGAGAAACCCUAUGAAUGUAAAGAAUGUGGCAAGACUUUCAUUGAGAGUGCAUACCUCAUCAGGCACCAGAGGAUUCAUACUGGUGAGAAGCCCUAUGGCUGCAACCAGUGUCAGAAACUUUUCAGGAAUAUCGCUGGCCUCAUUAGGCACCAGAGGACUCAUACUGGUGAGAAGCCCUAUGAGUGUAAUCAAUGUGGCAAAGCCUUCAGGGACAGCUCCUGUCUGACCAAGCACCAGAGAAUUCACACUAAGGAGACCCCAUAUCAGUGUCCAGAAUGUGGGAAGUCCUUCAAGCAGAACUCUCACCUGGCAGUACAUCAGAGACUCCAUAGCAGGGAGGGUCCCAGCCAGUGUCCUCAGUGUGGAAAAACGUUCCAAAAGAGCUCAUCCCUUGUUCGACAUCAAAGAGCACACCUGGGAGAGCACCCCAUGGAAACCUAAUGGUUGGGGGCCACAUGAGUCUCCCAGUCCGCUCUCACUCCUGUGUUGAGGAGGCGUGUCUUAGAUCUGACUCCUCUCUGGUCAGUAGAAAAGAAUCCUUUAAGCUAUCCAGUGAAUUGAUGAAUGUGAGACAUUGCUGAGCCACACUGUUAAGUCUGCUCAUUGGGGAACUCGGGAGACAACUUAGGAUGAGGGCAGAAAAGUCUUUGGGGAUGAUUCAGUCUGUACCAAACAUGACAGCACACACACUGGAAUGAAACGUGCAAACAUGGGGGUGACACUUCCCACAGAGAGAGCCUGUGAAUGCAUUCAGAACAUGAUUGGAAUGAAGAGCCCUGUAGUAGGCAGUUUCCACCUUGUACAUAAGCAAACACUGAGUCAACUUUUUUUUUUUUUCCCAGACAGAGUCUCACUGUGCAGUGGCACGAUCUCCACUCACAGCAACCUCUGUCUCCCAGG